AUGGCCAAGCCGGAUCAGCAAGACAUGCAAGUACGGCACUCGAAGCUGUUCGCACCCAGUGUGAGGAUUACAUGGUUGAAGAAGCCCAGCAGCUCGAGCACAAAGUGGCAUGAGCCCAACUUUCUCGCUCGUGACGGCGUUGACUCGGGAUUGUGCCAUGAGGCUGAAGCUCAAAGAAGGCUGGUGGAGUUGAGAGAUGAUGGCCGAGCAUUGAACCUCGAUCCCUGGCCAAAAUGGUCUUCUCAAUGGAAGCUGUCUACGAGCGCAGUCAGCAAGGAGAGUCUGUCCCUGCGCAAAGACCGUAACCACCUGGAGCUGGGGUUCCUGCAGCGUUCUCUCGACGAUGAGAUGCAUACGCUGCAGUCCCUGCAGCAGAUGAACGCCAGCUUCCAGGCCUUUCACGCUGACAUGGAAGCCAACACGGAGUUGCUUCUGCACCAGCGCAAAGAGUUGAUUGGCCAAGUCAGCAAGGAGCGCGAGCUUUCGCGCCAGGACGCGCGCCAGAACAACGAGCUGCGCAACCUGCUGGAGCGCAGGAGGCGGGAACAGGCAGCCCUUGUUUCUGGGCACACCGGGCACAAAGAGCCUUUGACGCCACCGGACAGUGCCGCGCAGGCCAACCCAAGCGGCACGCAGUCUCCUCGCGCAGCGGUCAUAUCGAAUGCCCACACUUGGGCUUCUUUCCUAUCGCAGCCUGGAGCAAGUGAGAAGGACAAAGCAACCACAAGAUAG